AUUACAUUUGUAUUUCUGCUGCGCAUUUGCCUUUUUUUUUGCCUUUGUUCGGAGUGUGUAUUAGAAAUCGACAAUAUUCUUUAGAAAAUACGCUAAGCUGUAUAAUAAAUUGCAAAACGCCUAAAAUUACACGUUUACGCAACCAAAUAAUUAGACGUGCAAAAUUGAAGCGAGAAUAAUAGCAGAAGCAGCGACUACAGCAAACAGCAACAACACGAAACAGGGGCGGAGAAGAAACAACGGACUUGAACAAAUAACAAGACAAAACAAUAACAAAAAAACAACACGAAAUUGCGCAUAUUUUCGUGGGUCGCAGCUGAUUUCACAUAUCAAGAAUAUGCUCGACCUGGAAAUUGUGCCAGAGAUCUCACUAGGCUGCGAUGCCUGGGAAUUUGUGCUGGGCAUGCACUUCUCUCAGGCCAUAGCCAUCAUACAAUCACAGGUGGGCAUCAUAAAAGGCGUACAAGUGCUCUACUCCGACACCAAUCCGCUGGGCGUGGACAUCAUCAUAAAUCUGCCACAGGAUGGACUACGUUUGAUCUUUGAUCCGGUUGUGCAGCGCCUGAAAACCAUCGAAGUGUUCAACAUGAAGCUGGCAAAGCUGAAAUACUGCGGCGUCUAUUUCAAUUCACCCGAAGUGUUGCCCAGCAUAGAGCAAAUCGAGCAUUCAUUUGGCGCCACCCAUCCGGGCGUCUACGAUGCGGCCAAGCAGCUCUUUGCGCUGCACUUCCGUGGACUGAGCUUCUAUUUUCCCGUGGACAGCAAAUUGCACUCAGGCUAUGCCCAUGGCCUGGGCUCGCUGGUCUUUCUAAAUGGCGCCUCGCCAGUGGUAUCAAAAAUGUCACUGUAUGCGGGCAGCAAUGUUGCUGAAAAUCGUGCGCCUUCACUGCCAUUGGCCUGCUAUCAUAGACAAUUGUAUUUGGAGUCGGCCACCGUGCUGCGCACCUCAUAUGGCCACACCAAGGGCCUGAAACUGAAGCUCUUCACGGAGGGUUCGGGUCGCGCCUUGGAGCCACGCCGUCAGUGCUUUACGCGUGAGCUGCUCUUUGGCGAUAGCUGUGAGGAUGUGGCCACCAAUUUGGGCGCACCCAAUCGCAUCUUCUUCAAGAGCGAGGACAAAAUGAAGAUACACAGCUCGAGCGUCAAUCGCCAGGUGCAGAGCAAACGUAGCGAUAUAUUCUUUAACUAUUUCACCCUGGGCAUCGAUGUGUUGUUCGACGCUCGCACCCAGACCUGCAAAAAGUUCAUACUGCACACCAAUUAUCCGGGCCAUUUUAAUUUCAAUAUGUAUCAUCGCUGUGAGUUCCAGUUCCAGCUGGAGACGGAUCAUCAGCCUGGCGAAAGCGAGAGCAAGCAUGAUCAUGUCAAUAUAACUGCCUACACCAAAUGGGAUGAAAUAAGUGGCUCGCUGGCCACAUCAGAGCGUCCGGUGGUGUUGCAUCGCGCCAGCUCGACGAAUACAGCGAAUCCCUUUGGCUCGACCUUUUGCUAUGGCUAUCAGGAUCUGAUAUUCGAGGUGAUGCCCAACAAUCACAUCGCCUCCGUAACGCUGUAUAAUACGGCACCGCCACGACAGCCGGCGCAUUCCUGGCAGCAGCAUAAAAUGCAGGACAUUCGCCUGACUGUCGCCUAAAACAGCAGCUGGCUGUUGUCCUGGCUGUAUUUGUGUCUGUAUCUGUAUCUGUGUGCGUGUGCGUGCGUGUUUGAUUGUGGUCGUGUGGGCUCUGUGACGCUUAAUGAACCUAACUUUAAGCAACAACAACAAAAUGAUCUAACCUAGACUUUAAACGAUUAGUAGUUACAUUACGAUUAUAUAUAGUAAUAUAUAUAGU